AUGGUUUCCAACCCGCUGAUGCCUCACCACAUAGGAUGCCGUCUACCCGGACAGGUCGACUCGGAAUCACCCUUCUGGCAAAUGCUGGUCGACAAACGCACGGGGCAAACCCCCAAGGUACCCGAGAGCCGCUUCAACAUCGACGCCCACUACCACGAGAGACUCGACAGGCCGGGUUCCUUCAACGUCCCCGGGGGCUACUUCCUGGACGGGCGUCCCGAGGACUUCGACCCGACCUUCUUCAACAUCACCCCGGUGGAGGCACAGUGGCUGGACCCCCAACAGCGCAAGAUACUCGAGGUGUGCUACGAGUCCCUGGUCUCGGCCGGUAUCACGUUGGAGUGCAUCUCGGGGUCGAAUACGGCCGUGUUCGUGGGCUCGUUCACGGCCGACUAUCAGCAAAUGUCGACGCGGGACACUGAUUUCCGUCACAACUAUGCUGCGACAGGCGUAGACCCCGGGAUCAUCAGUAACAGAAUCGGACACAUGUUCAACUUGAGAGGACCCAGUUUCACAAUCAACACAGCCUGCUCCUCUUCCGUGUACGCGAUUCACAAUGGCUGCCAUGCCCUUCGCAUGCGGGACUGUGACGCUGCAAUCACGGCGGGCGUCAACCUGAUCAUGACGGUCGACCAACACAUGAACACGGCCAAGCUGGGUAUCCUGUCCCCGACGUCGACGUGCCAUACAUUCGAUGCUUCUGCCGAUGGCUACGGCAGGGCCGAAGGCGCUGGGGCGCUGUUCUUGAAGCGCCUUUCAGACGCUAUCAGGGACGGCGACCCGAUCAGAGGGGUCAUCCGCUCCUCGGCUGUGAACACCAACGGAAGAGUCGAUGGCAUGGGAAUCACCCACCCGAGCAUCGACGGACAAGAACGAGUCAUCCGCAUGGCCUACAGUAAGGCCAAGCUCGAUCCCAGGCUCACUGUCUAUGCAGAGUUACACGGCACGGGAACCCCCGUGGGGGAUCCCAUAGAGGUCGAGGCUGUCUCCCGAGCGAUGAAUGACACUAGACCGAGGUCGAAGCCGCUGCUCAUCGGCGCGCUCAAGCCGAAUAUCGGCCAUAGCGAAGCUGCCAGUGGUAUUUUUGCUGUGAUGAAGGCGGCGCUGAUGACGGAGGCGGCCUUGAUUCCCGGCGUUGCCCUUUUGCAACGUCUCAACCCUGACAGUGAGUAA